CGAAAAAUGCUCCAAAUCUUUACCAACGGGAUUGCGAAAGAUUGCUAUGGGAGAUCUUUGCGAGCUCGAUCUCGUCUGAUCAGUGCUGAUCGGCGAGUCCCUGGUGGCGCAUCAACCGGAUGGCAGCCUGUGUCCCCGUGUGCCCCGUUGGUCCUUGUGGCCUCAGACUCCCUCACGGAGACGUCGGCCGCUGGGAUCAACCACGUGCUGCUUCUCUUCCCUGCUUCGACAGCGGCAGACGAUCUGCACGGCUCGGACAGAUCGCACGUUUAUAAUUGAU